AUGAACCUGGUUGGAUGCGGUUUGUUGUGGAGCUCAAUCAUCGCUCGAUUUGAGGAAUACGCUAAUUGGUUGUAUUUUUUGAACGCCACACUUGUGAUUCUUGGUGGACUCUCUAUGUUUCUAAGUCUACUUCCUGACGCUGAGAGGAAACCUGAUCCGUGGCUAAGGGAAAUUAUCAAUAUAUUGAAAAAGGAAGAUCCAAACAACUUGCUCCCUUUAGCAACAUUAAUGGCUAUCAUUCUUAAACCGGAUGAGCCAGAGACUGAUGUUUUGCGCUCGGCUAUGAUGGAGCUUUUGCAGAACGGAAUCGAAUCAUCAAGACCUUCGUACUAA